GAGGAAGCUGCCAAACGUGACCAUCGGAAGCUCGGUCUCGAACACAAACUCUUCUUCUUCCACGAACUCUCCCCGGGUAGUUGCUUCUUCCUUCCAGCAGGUGCUCACAUCUAUAACAAACUGGUCGAAUUGAUGCGAUCCGAAUAUUGGAAACGCGGCUUCCAGGAAGUCAUCACACCCAACAUGUUCAACUCCAAACUGUGGGAAAUUAGCGGCCACUGGCAGCACUACAGUGAGAACCUCUUCAAAAUUGAAAUUGAGAACCAAAUCUUUGGACUGAAGCCCAUGAACUGUCCUGGUCACUGUCUCAUGUUCAGCCAAAACCUGCGUUCUCAUCGCGAGUUGCCUAUCCGCUACGCUGACUUUGGUGUACUUCACAGGAAUGAGUUCUCCGGCGCGCUCACUGGCCUAACCCGUGUGCGUCGGUUCCAACAGGAUGACGCCCACAUUUUCUGCCGAGAAGACCAGAUUGAAGAGGAGAUCGGUCAUGCGAUCGAAUUUGUCAGACACACCUACGGUGUUUUUGGAUUCGAGUUCGAGUUCUUUCUUUCAACACGACCUGAGAAGUACAUGGGUUCGAUCGAUCUUUGGAAUCGGGCUGAAAAGGUAUGA